AUUACUAUCAGAUUGAUCAUCUCACUCAACUCAUAGCCUAUAUAUAAAUAAAUUUUUUUUUUUUUACUAGUUUAUGUGUUUUUUGUUUUCUAGUUUUUUUAUUUUUUCCCUAUAAAUCGCUUGAGACAGUGAUCACAUUCAAAACAAACUCUCCUUUUUAGUACAAGCCUCUUUCUAGGUUACUUUGCCAAGCCUCGGAAAAGCUGCGAUUUCUUUUCCUUACUUUGAUAUUCUUCAUUCAUCAUCACACUCCCCUCUAUAUAAACCCAAACCCUUCCUUCAUUUCUCUUCACCAGUCUUAUUCACCAGUCUUAUUCAGUUCUAAUUAGAAAUGGGUGAAGAAAAUUUGAGUAGUGCGGUGGUUGUUAGUGUGAGAGAGUUUGAUCCAAAUAAAGAUAGAGAAAGUGUGGAAGCCGUUGAAAAAAUAUGUGAAGUUGGUCCCAGUGGAAAACUUUCCCUCUUCACCGACUUGCACGGUGACCCUAUUUGCAGGGUCCGCAACUCACCAACUUUCCUUAUGCUGGUAGCUGAAAUAGACAAUGAGACAGUCGGAAUGAUUCGAGGUUGCAUCAAAACAGUUACAUGCGGGAAAAAGAUGAUAAGAUCAACGAAAAUGAUCACCAAGAACAUGAAAACCGGCGAGUCAAAUUCCGAUCAUGUCCCUGUUCCAGUGUUUACGAAACUCGCUUACGUGUUAGGCCUUCGAGUUUCGCCGAAUCACAGAAGAAUGGGGAUAGGGUUAAAACUGGUACAGAAAAUGGAGGAAUGGUUCAGAGAGAAUGGGGCUGAGUAUUCAUACAUGGCAACGGAAAACGACAACGUUGCAUCAGUUAAGCUUUUUACCGAUAAAUGCGGUUACUCAAAGUUUCGUACACCGUCGAUUCUCGUGAACCCGGUUUUCGCUCAUCGAAUGAAAACGUCGUCGUCGAAGGUAAGCAUCAUUAAGCUUACACCAAACGACGCCGAAUCGAUUUACCGUAACAAAUUCUCCACCACCGAGUUUUUUCCUCGUGACAUUGAUUCUGUUUUGAAAAACAAACUCACUCUCGGAACUUUUCUCGCUGUUCCGAGUAACGGAAAAUAUGGGACUGGGCCUGAUAAUUGGGCUGGGCCGGAGGCUUUUUUAAUGGAUCCACCGAGUUCUUGGGCUUUGGUUAGUGUUUGGAAUUGUAAAGACUUGUUUACCCUCGAAGUGAAAGGCGCGUCGCGCGUGAGACGCGUAUUGGCUAAAACAACUCGCGUGAUAGACAAGGCUUUUCCGUGGUUACGUUUACCUUCGAUUCCGAAUUUUUUUGAACCGUUUGGGUUUCAUUUGAUGUAUGGAAUUGGUGGGGAAGGACCUGAAGCAUUGAAAAUGGUGAAAUCUUUAUGUGGUGUUGCUCAUAAUCUUGCUAUGGAAAAUGGUUGUAGUGCGGUUGCUACUGAGGUUUCUAGCUGCGAACCGUUAAGGUUUGCUAUUCCUCAUUGGAAGGCUUUGUCUUGUGAAGAGGAUUUGUGGUGUAUUAAGAGACUUGGGGAGGAUUAUAGUGAUGGUGCUGUUGGUGAUUGGACUAAAUCUCCACCUGGAUUUUCCAUUUUUGUUGAUCCUAGAGAGUUUUAGGUUUUGUUAGUAGUUCUAACUCAACUAGAAAUUAGAUGUAACAAGUACUAUGUUUUUGUUAUUAGAACAAAAAUAUUUAGCUUUUCUUUUACCUAGAAGUAGGGAGGGACAUAUGUUUUUAUGUCAUGUCAUGUCAUAUCGGUAAUGAGAUGUGAAUUUUGAUUGUAAAGAACAAGAAUAGAAUAUCCCUCUUUUUUUUUUUUAAUUCACUGGCUA